UCAUGCACACAAUGGCCAUCUAGGCCUGGAUUCCCAGGCAUCCGAUCCCCUUGAGUAUAAAUUGUAGUCUCUGUUCCUUCCUCAGGACUUUUGGAGGGGGAAGGAAUCUUAGAGUUAGUUCAUCUAAUCCAGCUCUCCUCAUUUUUUCACAUGGACCUACAUACAGAUGUUAAAUGACAUGUGGAAGGGCAUCCAGCCACCAAGUAACAGAGUUGGAAUUGGAACCCAGGUCCUCUGACCCCAAAUCCAGAAGGGGGGGUGGCAUGCAGUCCAUCUAAGGAUGGCCUUGUCACCCAUGAUCGUUGUCUAUAUUUGGGGAUGAGACUAAGAAUAUUGGUCCCUGGUUCUUUCCAGACUCCCCAUACGAUCAGGGUCCAUGUGCCCUUUGGUUGGUGGCUCCAGACUGCCCCUAUUGUUGGAGUCUGGCUGCCUCUUGGGGACCCACAAUGAAGGUCUGGCUAGGAGCCAGCUCUAUUCUUACUGUUGUUGGUUUGUUUCCCAGGAAGCUAGAGCUAUGUCUCACCAUCUUAUAUGGCUGCACUAUAAGGCUUCUAUCCUUAACCACCACCUUAGGCCCCUCGAGACAAAAGAGAACUUUGAAGUUCUAGCUGUGAGGUCUGAAAGCCUUGGAUUAAGGUCCAACCUCAGCCAUUUAUUUAUAGGGUCGGAGCUGGUCAUUUAGUCCAACCUCCUUACUCUAUUUUCUAGAGCAGGGCACCAAAGCCCAGAGGGGUAAAGGGAUUUGCCCAAGGUCACACAGCUAAUAAAGAAAUGGCAGAAUCCUGAAUGGAACUCACAUCUGCUGACUCCAAAUCCAGCAUUCCUUCCACCACACCACUGGUUAGCAGCAUGACCAGGGGCAAGUCAUUCUGCUCUUCUCUGUGCCUCAAUUUUUCUCUUUUAUAGAAGGGAGGCCAUAGAUUAGAUCUGUUGCCACUAAUCCUUAAGUAAGGACCCCCCUGGGCAGUAUAUUGACUGAGUUUGAAAAUGUAAUGUUAUCUAUGUUUUAUUAUGGUGGUUUUUAUUUUGUGAAAUAUUUCCCAAUGGCAUUUGCAUCUGGUUCAGUCUGCACUGGGGAGUGUCCUGAGCUGGUUUGGCCCCCUCUCAAUUAGAUGAUUUCAGGAGUUGGUUUAUACUUUGUCUUUGUAUAUCCAGUACCUGGCACACAGUAGGCACCUGAUAGAUAUUUGUUGAUUGGUUGAUUGAUCUCCUCCUGCUGUCCAAAUCCCACCUCUGAGACCUUCAGUAAGGUCUCGUUAACCUCUAAAAUAAAACAAAAUGAGGAGAUUGUGCCUGGCCUCCAACAGGCAGCCCAGCUCUCUGGCCAGGAUCCUCUAGCCCUGUAAUAACAGCCUAUAUAAGCUGUGGCAAAGACACCAAAGAAAGCAUCCAGCUGCUGUCCGGAGCUCUGGUGGUUACAGAAACAGCAUAGCAUAGUGAAAGGAGAGCCAACCCAAAGCCCGGAAGACCUGGGAUCAAGCCCUGCCUUUGACACACCCUGGCCGAGUGACCCUGAGAAGAGAAAGUUGGUCAUCAGACUGGACCCAAUAUUUGAACAGAAAAUGGAGAGCACAAUUGGUGAGCAUAUGGUGCGCAAGCCUGAAGAAAAACAAGUGGCAGAAAACAUUAGUGACCAGCAGCAGGUCAAGAAAUGUACCGUGAUCGGGGGCUCUGGAUUUUUGGGCCAACAUUUGGUUGAACAGCUGCUGGCCAGAGGCUACGAGGUCAAUGUUUUUGACAUCCGGCAAGGAUUCAAGAACCCUGAUGUGACGUUUUUCCUGGGAGAUCUCUGCGUUAAAAAGGAUCUGUACCCUGCUCUGAAAGGAGUGAAGACAGUUUUCCAUUGUGCAUCACCAGCACCUUCAGCUGAUGAUAAGGAACUCUUUUAUAGAGUGAACUACACUGGCACCAAGACAGUGAUUGAAGCAUGCAAAGAGGCUGGAGUUCAGAAAUUCAUUUUAACCAGCAGUGCCAGUGUCGUCUUUGAGGGCAUCGACAUCAAGAAUGGGACUGAGGAUCUCCCGUAUGCCAUGAAACCCAUCGAUUACUACACUGAGACCAAGAUCUUGCAGGAGAGAGAGGUGCUCAACGCCAAUGAACCCAGCAGUAAUUUCUUAACCACAGCAAUCCGCCCUCAUGGCAUCUUUGGCCCAAGAGACCAGCAGUUGGUCCCCAUCCUUAUUGAGGCAGCCAGGAGUGGCAGAAUGAAGUUUAUGAUUGGGAAUGGGAAGAAUUUAGUGGAUUUCACCUUUGUGGAAAACGUGGUCCAUGGCCACAUCUUGGCUGCAGAGCACCUUUCCUCAGACUCCGGCUUGAGUGGACAGGCUAUUCACAUCACCAAUGACGAGCCGGUCCCUUUCUGGGCCUUCCUGUCCCGUAUUCUAACAGGCCUGAACUACGAGGCUCCGAAAUACCACAUCCCCUACUGGUUGGCUUACUACCUGGCCUUCUUCUUGUCUCUGGUGAUCAUGGUGAUCAGUCCUCUCAUCAAAGUCAAGGCUACUUUCACACCCAUGCGAGUGGCAUUGGCUGGCACAUACCACUACUACAGCUGUGAGCGAGCCAAGAAGCUGUUGGGCUACCAGCCACUGGUCACCUUGGACCAUGCUGUAGAGCGCACCGUGAAGAGCUUCUACCAUCUGCGCAAGGCCAACUAAAGUGCGCGCACCCCCAGCAAAUAACCUUGGGGAAGUGAUAGCUCACUCUUCAUUUCCAGCCUGCAACUUGGGCCUCUGCUACUAAAAACAGGUUUCUCUUGGACCGAGGCCUCCUCUCUGGCAAGAGGGUAGAACUUCUGCUGCCUUAUUCUGAAUGGUACUGCUUGGGGGGAGGUAAGGGGACAGUAUUGACCUUAAAACCAGCCCCCUUUGUAUUUCCUUCAGAUAAGGCAGCUGCCAAUUCCACCUCCCCCUUGCCCUGACCACAGUGACAGAUUUCUGUUUUUCUUUUGCCUCUUCCCUACAUUUUGCUGUUGUUUGGGUCCCACCUCCACAUUAUUAGCACUCUGCCCUCCCCAUCAGUUAGCCCUUAACAUCCUUAUUGCCAUCCUGUGACCUCCCCAACCACCAACCUGGCCUCCCCCAUUACUGUCAUUUUGGGCUCUUUGGCCUCCACUGCUCCACCCAUUUUGUGCUACCUUACACCCAUCCCUGCCUCCAUUUUGUGCUCUGACCACCCACACCACCUCCAUUUCGUACUCUCCGAUUUCCUGUACGAUCCGUAUUCUUUGCUUUCUGACAUGCCGCACCACUCUCAUUCUGUGCUGUCCGACCUCCCCCGCCACCCCCAUUCCGUGUUUUCGGACUACCACCCCCAUUCUGUGCUGUCCGACCUCCCCCGCCACCCCCAUUCCGUGUUUUCGGACUACCACCCCCAUUCUGUGCUCUCGGAGCUCUCCCUACACCCCGAUUCGGUGUUCUCGGACUACCACCCCCCAACUGGGCUCUCUGAGCUCCCUCGACACCCCGAUUCGGUGUUCACGGACUACCACCCCCCAACUGGGCUUUCUGAGCUCCCACGACACCCAGAUUCGGUGUUCACGGACUAUCAGCCCCCAACUGGGCUCUCUGAGCUCCCCAGACACCCAGAUUCGGUGUUCACGGACUACCAGCCCCCAUCUGGGCUCUCUGAGCUCCCUCGACACCCAGAUUCGGUGUUCACGGACUACCAGCCCCCAUCUGGGCUCUCUGAGCUCCCCCGACACCCAGAUUCAGUGUUCACGGACUACCAGCCCCCGUCUGGGCUCUCUGAGCUCCCCAGACACCCCGAUUCGGUGUUCACGGACUACCAGCCCCCGUCUGGGCUCUCUGAGCUCCCUCGACACCCCGAUUCGGUGUUCACGGACUACCAGCCCCCGUCUGGGCUCUCUGAGCUCCCUCGACACCCCGAUUCGGUGUUCACGGACUACCAGCCCCCGUCUGGGCUCUCUGAGCUCCCGCGACACCCCGAUUCGGUGUUCACAGACUACCAGCCCCCAUCUGGGCUCUCUGAGCUCCCGCGACACCCUGAUUCAGUGUUCUCGGACUACUACCCGCAGUCCGUGUUCUCUGACUACCACCCCCAGUCCGUGCUCAAUGACCUCUCCCACCACCCCCAUUCCUUGUUCUCUGAUGUGUCUGAUUAUUCACAUUUUGUACUCUCAGACCACCCCCAUGACCCCCAUUCCGUGCUCUCUGACCUUUCCAACUACCCCCAUUUUGUGCUCACUGACCACCCUCACUACCCCUAUUCUGUGCUCGCUGAUCUCUCCCACUACCCACAUUCCGUGCUCUCUGACCUCUCCCACUACUCCAGUUCUGCGUUCUCUGACCUCCCACAGCCCCACUUUGUGAUCCCUGCCUUCCUGUACCACCCCCAUUUCGUGUUCUCCGACAACCACCCCCACUGCCAGUUUGUGCUCUCUGACAUCUAUCCCUACUGCUACUUUGUGCUGUGAGUUCCUCCAGCACCUGGAUUCAUGGACACCCACCCCUCCUUUGAUUUUGUGUUCUCUUGACCACCCAGACAGCCCCCAUUUUGUGCUCUCUGGUUAUUCGCAAUUUUAUGCUCUAACCCCUAGCUCCAUUUUGUGCUCCCUUGCCCCCACUCCAGUUUGUGUUCACCUGGCACCUAGUUGUGUGACCUUGAGCAAAUUGCUUCCCUUCUAUGAACCUCAGUUUGUACAUCUAUAAAAUGGGGAUGAUCCCAUUUGCCCUAUCUCCUUCAUGGGGUUUGUUGUGAGGUUCAAAUCAGAUAACAUGUGACGGUACUUUGUAAAGUGCAAUCCGCGUGUAAAUUAUUUCUGUUACCUAGUGAGGGGAAGAACUCCAUUCUGUGUUCUGCAAGGAGUAACCCUCUUCCUGUCUACCAGUGCAGAUUGAAGCCUUUUUAUGCCUUAGGAUAUGGUUUCCGUGUGUUGCUGUGGCCAACAAAAAAAUGCAUUCCCUAGUGGCUUACCUUGUGGAGCUAGGCCCCUCAGAGAACAGAUGCCCAGUCUAUCACUGGGACCAGACUCUGAGCCUUUUUAGUUUGCUAAGCCUGCUUGAGCUCAGGCUCUGCCCACCGGCCACAGCCUUUGAGACCCUAGGGUCAGACACCCCUAUGCCCCAUGAGGCAUUGGUGGAAGAGGGAGCCAUUACAUGACAUCACUCAUCCUUUUCUAUUCAUUGGUGGGAUUCUUGGAACAACGCGCUUUUGAGUGAAAUUUUCUGCUGUGGUUUUGCUUCUAAAUAAAGUUCAUAGUACUGUA